UCUAGAGUUACGGUUUCUGGAAUGGAUAGCGGUAAACAACUUGAACAUUACAUGUUAACAUGUACAUGUAUUUUCGAGAAAUUGGCUUUGUGCUGUUGGGAUGGGCAAUUCAAAAAGUAAAUGACUGUUGGGGUAGGGUCUGCCAUGUUUUCGUACCAAGUGGAAAGAAAAUUUAAAAUAGCAACCAGCUUAUUUUAUCUGGAAGCUUUUCGACGACCUAAGUUGGUCAAUGUUUGUGAUGGUGUGUAAUUUCUCUUGGCUACCCCCAUUCGUGCUGAUAACACAGGAUCAAGAACUAUGAGAAGCGCUGCUUGAGCUUAAUUUUUGGUACAGGAGAGCAAACUUGAGCAAUCAAACAUGGACCGUCAAGGAUCCAUGGAGGCAGAACAGAUUUUGAUAGAUUACAUGAAAGCCUGGAUGCCCGACUUUCAAAGGAAAACAUACUUCAUACCAGAUAUUUUUAUGAAUCGUGUGCCCUGUGAGAAAGAUAUAUUUGCUGGUCAGGAAGUAAUGAUCUGGAAAAAACCAGAUGGGUCAAACUUAACAGAAAGGACCCAAGAAACACCCAGAAAGGAACAAAAAGAACAAAUGAGAAAAGAUAGCAUUACACACUGUUCCAGUGUACAGUCUACCUUGAAAGAUGCAGACUCAGCAGACUUGACCCAAGGUACAUCUGAAAAGAGCCAAGAGAAGCUAGAAAGAAAGGACCACACAAUACACUGCACAGGCAUGUGGUCAACCCUAAAAGGUCCCACUCAGCUAAAACCUGUUCAGGAUUGUUAUAUCAGGGAUGACAGAGCACAGCAGCAUGUUUUAUACUGCCUCAGAAAAUGGGCUGAUAUCCACUUAGAAGAAAUCAUGGUGGUACUAAGCCAGUUGCAAUAUAGUGAUUACUUAUCCACGCCAUCCUUUGCUAAGCUGGUCAAACACCUUCCUAAACCAAGGGAUAUGAAGUCGUGCCGUGGAGAUUUUGAUGUUCUGAUUAUCCACAAACAGUUUGGCAUUAUCGUGCUUGAGAUUAAAUCUAUUGGUAUCAAUGCUGAUGAACUGAAUUUGCAAGACAAUGAUCAAGUUAAUGAAAUCUGUAAGAAGGUUGAAAAGGGAAUAGAGCAAUUGACAAAGGCAGAGAGAGUUCUUUCACAUUUAGUUAACGACAUGGAGACAGAGAUAUUCAUAAGAAAAAGUAUCAUUUUGCCUUAUGUGACCACUUCACAGCUAAGACAGGCUGUCAUACAUAACAAAGCUACAGGAAAGAAACUGUGCAGCUGCUUGGGAACUGAAGAUCUGGAUAAGGCCAUUGACUUAUGUCUUUGUUCUGACAAUCUGCAUGUACAAUCAACACCUUGGAUUGUCAGUCCUGACAUAGUGCAGAAUAUGCAUAAUUGGUGGGAAAAGUUAAAGGCAUUGUCUGCUCCUAAACCACAUUUAAGUCUGCUAUAUGAAAGAUUGGUUGCAAGGUUUUGUGGGCCAGCCACAGUGGUAAGUGUGCAUUGCAUCACAUCACCACGCUUAGAGCUCAGAACUAAAGGAGAGGCAGUGGCUGAGGCAGGGAACAGGAUGGCACUUUUGGCCCUCUACCCUGAGCAGUUGGCUCUUCUCAAAGAACAGUUGCCACUAGUUUUCUUGACUGGUCCUCCUGGCACAGGUAAAUCUAUCGUCCUUGUGCUAAAGGGUUUGGAGUGGCUGAGGCUUGGCUGUACUGUUCAUGUUGUGAGUACUUGGGACAUUAGCCGUAUUAGCUGCUACCUCCUCCAUCAUCAACUGAAGAAAACUAUGGAAGAAUCAUGGGAAGAGUACUCUGAGUCUACAGAAAACAAAAAGUUUAAAACAGAACGUGUUUGUUACCAUGAAUUCAACUUUCGGAAUGGUCAAGAUGUGAAACGAGCUAUUGAAGAACUAGUGAAUGAGGCUCAAGAAGGAAAGCUGUAUGUUCUGGCUGAUGAAGUGGGGCCCGAUGCCAGUGAUGAAAUUCAUUUCCAGAAUUUCUUUCAUGAGCUGCACAAUCACUUGCCUCACCUUAACCUGUGGUCAGCAGCAAUGCGUCACACACACAGACCUGAAGACAUGAUUGAAAAGAAACUGACAGCCCCACUUCGUUGCCCCCCAGUUGUGCUGGAAGAGGUGAAGAAAGCUAAAGAGCUAGAGUGCAAAAGUGUGUACAGUUACACUAAACAUAGUGCACCAGCGCCAUGUGAUGGACCACAUAUUGUACGCAUGUACCAUGAAGAGGAUCAUAGUGUGGACCCUUGUGCUCGAAAUUGUCAACAGUGUGGAUUGGACUUGGCGAAUUAUCUCAAAACCCUUCUUGUUGGCCAGGGAGAUGCUUCCAUGGCAACAUUUCUACAGUACCGGGAUGUUCUCAUUCUCUACUGGACUGACAAGGUGAAGGACACUGGACUUGUGAAGGGAUUGCAGGAAGCUGAAAUUCCUGUGCAAGUGUUGGGGCCAGAGGAUGAUUUUAGAGAUCUGGCACUGGCUGCAACCAACAAAGUGACUGUGGCACACCAUGAAAUCGUAAGAGGUUUGGAAAGGAAGAUUGUUGUAUAUGUUGGAAGCACUGGUUGGGAUGAGAAUGUAUCUGACCGUCUGCAUGCCAUGUCACGGACAACGUCCCUUCUCAUCUGGCUUUGCAAACGUUUAAAGGAUGAAACUUAGGAAAUAAUUUUUUUUCUUCUCUUUUCUUGUAUGCAAAGCAUGGGAGACUAUUUUGUCAAGCUAAUUUGGUUGCAUGAUAUUCAUUCACCUAUUUCUUUACCUUAUGCCUACAAGGAAGUGAUAGAGAAAUAAUGAUGUAGAAACAUUAGCACUGUUGUACCUUACGAAGCCUUGUCAAUUUAUCCUGAUUGUGCUGGCUUUAAUUUUUUAUGUUUAAAAUCACUGUUCCUCCAAAACUUUCAGCAACUGUGGUGCACUUUCUGUUUAAUCCAUUCGAUCAUUGUUUUAAAAUAGCAGUUUUGUUUAGAGGAAGGGUAGUUUCAGGUCAUUGUUAUACCCCGAGAAUGCUAAAACUGUGUUAUCUUGACAAUAUUUAUGAUUGCUGCCAUAUGUGUGCCAUAGCACUGAGUGUUUAAUAGAUGCUUUUGCCAUUGUUUGUGUUUAAAAGUAACUUGUAUGUUGUACUCAUAUAUUCCUCUUUUUUUAGUCAUCUGUCCCUUGACUGGUACUGAUAAUUGGGGGGAGCACAUGGAUAAAUGCUGCAGUUUUUGCAACUCUUGUGACUUUGAAUAAUUUGAAGUGUAACUGCUUGGAAUUACACUUACAGACUAAGAAAACAAAAGGUUCACACAUUCACAUUGUUAACGAAAUGCUUUUUAUUAGUCUACAGGUAUCUGUCGAUCUUUAGCAAUAUUUUAAAGCCAAAUAAAUCAUUUGUUUUUUGUAUGUGGAGUAUUCACAAAAGGGGAUAACUGUUCUGUUGUGAAUUUUGAACUGUGUUUAUUGUUAACUUUAUAUCAGUAUUAACAUUUAUGCAUCUAUUCUUGGAAAAUUUUUUAAUAUAUUUAUUUUUCCCUGAUAUAUACUGACGGCCCUCCAUGACAUUAACAGGGGGUAAAGAAUUAUGGAUUCAUUUCUCAUUGAACUCUUUCUCAAGUUCGACUGGAUGUCAUUAACUGAUUAAGUAAGGAGCAACAAUGAUCUGAUAUUUCACACAUUCUGUCACCAUCCCCUCACUGAACUACAAAAGAGUUUAAAAAGAAUCGAAUAUUCAAUUUUUUUUCUGUUGUUGAAUAUCAUAUUUACAUUUACUUUUGUGAAAGAUCUCAUUUUUAUUUUAGUUAUGGCUUAUGUGAUCAAGCUUUUAAAGUUUGUUUUUAUGCAAGACUGUGAUGCUGCUUUAUACAAGCUUCUUAUUAAAGUACAAAAAGAGUUGCACAAAAGCACUUCAACAAAAAAAAAAAGAACAAUUUAUUAAUGCUGUGUAUCCAACAGGAACUAGCAAUGUUUUGUGACCACAGUAAUAUUUUGGACAAGGUAUAUAAUUGUUGAAAUCUUUUUGCAAAUCAAACUUAUGCCUCUUUUUGGCGUUUUAUUUCUUUUGAUAUAAUGUUUAUUAAAUGGGGUUGAUGGAUGAUGUGUGUAAGAUGUGUAUAUCACCUGUGCUGUCUAAUGCUAUUUAUUUGUAAGUACUACAUAAAUUCUCUGAUUCUCUAUAGUCAAAGAUACUGUGAUUUCAUUCGCCAUUAUAAUUGGCAUUAAGUAAAGAAACCAUCAAGAUGCACUAUUCCAUAUUAUUCAUAUCACUGACUUAUUAAAACAGAGUUAAUUCCUUCCCAGAAUUUAAUUUUCAAAAAUGACAAGUUGUUUCACCAGCACGCACAGAGAUCAAUAUAUCAAUAAACAAGAAAAAUAUUGCUAUUCUUAGUACUCUCAAGAGAAAGGUACAGAGAUAGUGUGUUGGAAAUCGCAGCAUUAUUUAAAAUUCUUUUAACUGAGGAUUAUUUUGUAAAAUCAUUAGAAAUAUUGAGACAAUUGUAUAUAGGUCAUGAAAUUAUGCAUGUUUUCAAAUAUGUGAAUUUUGUGAAUGAAAUGAAAUCUUCUGUUUGUGGUAAUGGUGCAUAUUGACUCAGAUCAUCUAGUGAGUAUAGACCUUUCAAUUACCAUUUGGAGGUGAUUUUUUUUCUUGGAUAUUUCUUCAUUUCUGUUGUGUUCAGUUCAUAUAACUUUUUUUGCUCAGAUAUUCUCCUGCCAGUUUUCUCAAAGAGUGGGAUUUGUGAUGGUGCUGUAUACAUUUUUAUCGUUGAAAAUUGAAUAAACGUGUGGUACUAUUC